AUGUCUAUUGUAUUACCUGCUGCCACAGGCUCUGCUGCCACAUUUGAGGCUGUAUCCAAGUACUCGGCUCCUACACGUCGUCCCAUUGAGCCAGUUGGUCGUUACUUUUUGGCCCAUGCUACCAGAACUCUUAGAGGCCACACCUGGUCCGAAUAUGAAAAGUUAGAAGCGGAAAAGAACGUCACUGUUGUUGAAGAAAACGGUGAUGAAGACAUUGGUGACGAAGAACAAGACGAAGAUUUGUUGGCACAUGAUCCUAGAGAAUGGAAGACUGCUGAUUUAUAUGCUGUUUUAGGUUUGAGUCAUUUGAGAUGGAAAGCUACCGAUGACCAAAUCAAGAGAGCCCACAGAAAGCAAGUUUUGAAACAUCACCCAGAUAAGAAGUCUGCUAGUGGUGGUUUGGAACAAGAUGGGUUUUUUAAGAUCAUUCAAAAGGCUAUGGAAACCAUGUCUGAUGUUACCAAGAGACAACAAUAUGAUUCUGUUGAUACCAAUGCUGAUGUUGUUCCUCCAGCUCCUAAAUCAGAAUAUGAUUUCAUUGAGGCAUGGGGACCUGUUUUUGCCAGUGAAGGUAGAUUUUCCAAGAAGCAACCAGUGCCUUCAUUGGGUGACAUGAACUCCACCAAGGAAGAAGUUGAUGCCUUCUACAGUUUCUUUGGAAAGUUUGAUUCAUGGAAGACUUUCGAGUUCAAAGACGAAGAUGUUCCAGAUGACACCUCCAACAGAGAUCACAAACGUUACAUUGAACGUAAGAAUGUUGCUGCCAGAAAGAAGUUGAAGCAAGAGGACAACAAGAGAUUGAUUGCAUUGGUGGAGAGAGCAUAUUCUGAAGAUCCAAGAAUUAAGUUAUUCAAGGAUGCUGCUAAGGCUGAAAAGGCCAAGAAGAAGUGGGAUAAGGAAGCUGGUUCUAGAAAGGCUGCUGAAGAAGAAGCCGCUAAGAAGGCUGCUGCUGAAGAAGCUGCUAAGAAGGCUGCUGAAGAAAAUGCCAACAAGAAGGCUGACUCCAAGAAGGCUAAAGAGGCUGCUAAGAACGCUAAGAAGAAGGCCAAGAGAACCAUUAGAGCUGCUGCUAAGGAAGCUGAAUACUUUGGUGAUGCUGCUAAAUCUGGUGACAUUGAUGCUGAUGUUGAAUACCUUGUGGAGAAGUUGGAUGAUGUUCAAUUACAAACUGUUUCCAGUAAGGUUGCUGGUGGAGAUGCCACUGUUACCAAGAGUGCUUUCAAUGAGAUUGCUGCUGAAUUGGCAGGUGUUGGUAAGUUACAAGCUGCUCACUUGAAGUACUUUUCUGCUUAA